AUGUUCACAUCACGAACACAAAGAGAAUGUGUAUGGCUUGUCUCGCCUCCUACCCUCCUCUUCUCUUUUUUUAACUCCACAGAUUAUUACAACGCAUAUUACGUCGCAAUGUUGCCACUAGGUGUGACCGGCGCUCCGAUCGUAGCAGAUCAUUGUGCCUCGAAAAUCAAUUUUUAUUUAUUUACACAAAAUGAAGUUGAUAACUUUAGAAAUUGCUUCAGCUUACAGAUACUGAUUAAAGUAAUAAAGUUAAAAAAAUAUGUUACCUACUCUGUAAUUUUGCACGUGUUCGAAGAAAAGUGUAUUACGAUGGUACGGAACUCUUCAUGCGCGAGUCCGACUCGCACUUGGUCAAUUAUUAUUUUUAUUAAGGAUAAUUAUUAUUGCCGUGUAGUGUCAGCAUAA